GCGAAACCUACAUGUUGAUAUCUUUUUCCUUCAUCAAAAACCUAAAGAGUCAGAGUGCCAAGGAAGAAACGGGGGGAGAGGGAUAAAGGUGAUGGCUUUUGCUUUAAUGGCGGUGGUGGGAGCGCAAAGGAGAGCCAGGUCGCUUCGAGCGGUGACGGGAGUAUCUCCCCCGCGAAGGGAAAAGGAUACGGCGGGGUUUUGUCGCCGCACGCCUUCUUCCCGCUUUCAAAUCUACCUCGGCGUCCCGCGAUCCCAUGGCCUGUUCCCAACGAUCUUGUUGAUUUUUGGAUCGGGUUGUUGUCUUGUUGAGGCGGAGAAUUGGGAUCACUGUUGGAUGAACGGGGAGCGUCAGCCUUUUCUUGUGGGUUCGAUUGUCAAUGUACGGAGACACUAGAAAGUUGUAGUCUUGAUCCAAUAGGCUUUGGCUUCUUCUUAAUAUAGAGGUUGACUGAGUUCCUAGAGAAGAAAACAUUGAUCUUGUUGAUGCUGCCGAAGAAAGAUAUAGUGCGUCUGCUGAUAGUUUAGUCCAAGCAAUGGCUUCUGAGAGCUCAGUCACUUGCCUGCUAUCCGCGUGUGUGGUUUUGGUCCUUGUACCACACACUUAUCAGCUGCAAUCCUCGCAGGAUUGGUCCCUGCUUAGAAUCCAGAGGCUUCUGAAUUAUCCAUCGGUUUUGAGUAGUUGGAAUGCCACCACUGACUUCUGUAAUGCCGAUCCACUUCCACAUCUAACAGUUGUUUGCUAUGAAGAAAGCAUCACGCAGUUGCACAUAAGCGGCAGUGAGGGUUCUCCAUCUCUUCCACGAAGUUUCUCAAUCGACUCUUUUUUCACUACACUUGCUCGGCUCUCAAACUUGAAGGUCUUAUCUUUGACAUCGCUGGGCCUAUGGGGUCACCUCCCUGCAAAGAUCUGUCGUUUAUAUUCAUUAGAGAUUGUCAAUAUGAGCUCAAAUUAUCUGUAUGGAACCAUUCCUCAUGAAGUUUCCAAUUUGAUACACCUUCAAACUCUUGUGCUUAAUCAUAACAUGUUUAGUGGCCAAAUUCCCGAUGCAUUGAGUGGACUUUCUCUUUUAGUUGUUUUGAACUUGCAGAAUAAUUCUCUAUCUGGUCUUAUACCAGAAUCAUUUAGUGGUCUGAAGUCACUAAGGGUGCUUGUCCUGUCCUCAAAUAGUUUGUCUGGAAAUUUACCUGAUCUUAGCAGUUUAACAAACCUUCAAGUUAUUAAUCUAGAGAACAACUAUCUUGGGCCACAAUUUCCACGUUUGGGAACAAAGGUGGUAAGUGUCCUGUUAAGGAAGAAUGGGUUUGGGGGUGGCUUGCCAUCUGAUUUAAGCUCAUUUUUUCUGCUUGAACAGUUGGAUAUCUCUUUCAAUAAAUUUGUUGGCCCUUUUCCUCCAGCAUUGUUGUCUCUUCCUUCUAUUCGAUAUCUGAAUAUAUCUGGAAACAAAUUCACUGGGAUGCUCUUUGAGAACACUACAUGCAAUGAUGAUCUACAGUUUGUGGAUUUGUCGUCAAAUCUACUGUCUGGGAAUUUGCCAGCCUGCUUGGUUUCAGACUCUAAGAGCAAGAUGGUUCUGUACUCAUCAAAUUGCUUGGAGAUCAAGAACUACAAUCAGCAUCUGCCCUCGUUUUGCCAGACUCAGGCUUUAGCUGUGGGAAUAUUGCAUAACAAAGAAAAGAGAAGAUUAGGUGUCAAAGCAACCAUUGUGAUGGGUGUGGUGCUGGGAUCUUUCGGAAUCCUUUUGUUAGCUGGUUUUGCAGUCUUUUUGGUGAUUAGAAGAGCACGAGCAAAGAGGUCAAUGAAAGGAUCUCAACAGGCAAUACUGGAGCAUGCUUCAAGCAUCCAUCCUCCAAAAUUGCUGCCUGAUGCAAGUACUCUCUCUUCUGGACUGCAAUGUUUAUUUGGGUAUAUAUCUCAAACAAUGAAGUUAGGGGCACUUGGAAUUCCAUCUUAUCGAUCAUUUUCAGUGGAGGAGCUGGAGUAUGCCACAAAUAACUUUCAAGCAUCAAGCUUCAUAGGAGAAGAUUCUCAUGUUCAGAUGUACAGAGGAAGACUCCAAGAUGGUUCCCUGGUGGCAAUAAGAUGCUUAAAUCUUAAAAGAGGCCACAAUCCCCUGAACUUCAAUCAUCAAAUUGAAUUAAUCUCCAAGCUUAGGCAUCGUUAUUUAGUCAGCACUCUAGGUCACUGUUUUGAGUAUUACAUUGAUGAUUCAAGCAUUAGCAGAUUAUUUUUCAUUUUUGAAUACAUGAUGAAUGGAACACUGAGAAGCAAUAUAUCAGAGGGAGGCCAGAGGCUUUCAUGGACACAGAGAAUAUCAGCUGCUAUUGGUGUGGCAAAGGGCAUCCAAUUUCUACAUAGCGGCAUUAUGCCUGGUUUAUUUUCCAAUAAUCUCAAAAUCACAGAUAUAGUUUUAGAUCAGAACCUUGUUGCAAAAAUCAGCAGCUACAAUCUUCCAUUGGUAAAAGAGAAUACUGAAUCCAUGUGCCUGGCUGGAAGCUUUUCAGGUGGAAUGAACGAACCUAAUCAAAGACCUAAACAUUUGGAUAAGAUUGAUAUCUAUGAUUUUGGAGUUAUCUUACUGGAAGUAGUGUCAGGGAGGCCAAUUGCGCUAACAAGUGAAGUCGAGAUAAUGAAAGAAGAGUUUGAAGAAAGCAUAUUAGCUGAUGGGACUGCUAGGAGAAGCAUUGUAGAUCCUCUCAUUAGAAGACAAUGCUGCGACGAAUCACUGAAGACUGUUGCAGAAAUCUGCCUAAGAUGCUUGUCAGAGGAACCAACAAAAAGACCCUCGGUUGAGGAUGUACUUUGGAACUUGCAGUUUGCCGUUCAGGUACAGGAAUCCCGGAGAACAGGAUCAUCGCAAAGCAGUGCAAACUCACACCUUCUCACCCUCCCCCACCACUAGUUAAACUCGGUUCAUGACUAUGUUCACCACGUCAUCGUGCAAUGCCAACAAAGACACUGAAAGCCCAAGGAUUUGAAGUUGAGUCUGCAAUUUUAUUCAUCUUCAUAAGACUUUUCACAUGUGUGCGCCAGAUAGUCUUUAAUUCCUAGAAAUAUCGAUUUCCUUAAGUUUUCUUUUCCUAUUUUUUGAUAAUGUGCAGUUUUUCAUUGUAAGUAUUUAUAGUUCCUUAAUCGAGUGUGAGACAUUUUGGGUGUGUGAAUGAUUUGUUUAAUAUAUCAUAUUUCAUUAUUAUUUUGAUGAUCUUUUAUAUAUAUAUAUAUAUAUAAAAUAAAUUAGACAG